AUGGCCUCCGCCGGCACUGCGCAAGGCUCUCCGGCUGUCGCCACCUCGCCGACCGCCGCGCAGCGCCGCAUCUGCGCCUGCAAUUGCCGGCCGGAGGCCUCAGGGCGGGGCAAUGGCAUCAAUGGCGUCAGUGGCAUCGUGCAGCCCGUGCGGUUGGCGGUGGGCGGCAGAAGAUCUGUGGGGUGGAGGAGGGAGGUUCGAUCGGGGGAGAUGGCGAGGUUGGGUGUGGCCUGUGUCGCGGCGUCUGGCAUGCCGGAUGCGAUCUUGUUUGAUUGCGACGGCGUGCUGGUGGAUACGGAGAAGGAUGGGCACAGGGUGGCCUUCAACAAGACCUUCGAGCAGAAAGGUCUGCAGCAUGAGUGGGGUGUCGAGCUGUAUGGGAAGCUGCUGGAAACUGGAGGAGGGAAGGAGAGGAUGACAAAAUACUUCACGGUUUGUUACUGGCUGUUGGACAGAAAUCAUCAUGCUGAGGAACGAACACAGCUUGUGAAGGAGCUGCAUAAGCUGAAGACAGAUACGUUCAUGACCAUGAUAGAGUCAGGCGCGAUGCCAUUGAGGCCUGGUGUGAAGAGGCUGAUUGAGGAGGCCAUUGGCAGCGGCAUCACUGUGGCUGUGUGCAGUACAUCCAAUGAGCGAGCCGUGUCCACCAUAGUGCGGGUGAUGCUUGGCCCACAGGUCGCAGAAAAGAUGCGGGUCUUUGCUGGAGAUGUGGUUGAGAAGAAAAAACCCAGUCCCGAUAUUUACCAACUUGCGGCACAGGAGCUUGGUGUGGAUCCACAAAGGUGCGUUGUGGUGGAAGACAGCAAAAUUGGUUUGCAGGCAGCGAAGGCCGCUGGAAUGAGGUGUGUGGUGACCAAGAGCAGCUACACCCAAAAUGAAGACUUUGGCAACGCGGAUGCCGUGUUCGACUGCAUCGGAGAUACGCCUCAAGACGGUUUCUCGUUGCAGGAUCUCGCAUUCGAGGACUCAGGGGGACUGAAGGUUUCAUCUUGA